AUGGAGACAUUGGCAAACGCAAACAUGGCAUUCUCCAAAGUCUCAUUGUCUCUUGUGUUGCUUUUCUUCGUCUCACUUUCUUUCUCCUAUGCAAAUUCUCGCUUCACCCAUGACCGUACCAACUCAUCACAAUCACAAGCCCAAACGCUCAUUAGAAGCCUUAACCUAUUCCCAAAGAAACCAGUUAACAUUGUUAAAGGUGACCAUGCUGAUUUUGUCCCUGGAAAGAUCGUCGAGAACAAGUUCUCGUUUUUUGCUCAGUCUGGAUCUUCUGUUGAAGAUCUUGGCCACCAUGCAGGUUACUUUUCGCUUCCUCAUUCCAUAGCCGCAAGGAUGUUCUACUUUUUCUUUGAAUCACGGAACAAUAAGGAUGAUCCUGUUAUCAUAUGGUUGGCAGGGGGACCAGGGUGCAGCAGUGAACUAGCUUUGUUUUAUGAAAAUGGUCCUUUUCAUAUUGCCAAUAACUUGUCCCUUGUAUGGAAUGUUUUUGGCUGGGACCAGGCAUCAAAUAUUAUAUUUGUUGACCAACCUACGGGGACAGGUUUUAGUUACUCUUCUUAUGAUAGAGACAUUCGUCAUGAUGAAGUGAGCGUUAGCAGUGAUUUGUAUGACUUCUUGCAAGAAUUUUUCAAGACACAUCCUGAGUUCAUUAAGAAUGACUUUUAUAUUACUGGAGAAUCAUACGCUGGACACUAUAUUCCAGCACUUGCAUAUCGGAUUAACCAAGCAAAUAAACAAAAUCUAGGAAUACAUAUAAACCUCAAGGGUUUUGCAAUUGGUGAUGGGUUAACAAAUCCUGCAAUUCAAUAUACAGCAUACACAGAUUUUGCAUUAGACAACGGAAUAAUUAAUAAGGCCGGUUAUGAUUAUAUCAGCAAGUUCAUCCCAAGUUGUGAGCAAGCCAUUGAAACUUGUGAAUUUCAAGGUGGACAAAGUUGCGACAUUGCAUAUAAUAUUUGUGAUAACAUACUUGGUAGUAUACUGAAAGCUGCUGGCAACAACCUUAAUGUAUAUGAUAUCAGAAAGAAAUGUGUAGGAUCUUUGUGCUAUGAUUUUAGCAAUUUGGAGAGGCUGUUAAACCUGCAGAACGUGAAGAGUGCUUUAGGAGUGGCGAAUGACUUGGAGUAUGUUCCAUGCAGUAUAACAGUGCACAAUGCUAUGAGGGAAGACUGGAUGAGAAACCUGGAAGGGGGGAUUCCUUCUCUUCUUGAGGAUGGAAUCAAGAUGCUUGUGUAUGUUGGUGAUAAAGAUCUCAUAUGCAAUUGGCUUGGGAAUUCAAGGUGGGUUCAUGCCAUGGAGUGGUCAGGCCAAAAUGCCUUUGGGACAUCUCUUACAUUGAAAUAUGUGGUUGAUGGUGCAGAAGCAGGGUUUUUGAAAAGCUAUGGACCUCUCACUUUCCUUAGGAUAUUUGAUGCUGGGCACUUGGUCCCUAUGGAUCAACCAAACAUUGCACUUGAGAUGUUGAAAGGGUGGAUGGGAGGGACGCUUAUGGAAACUAAAGGAGAUAAUUGAUGUCACUUAAAUUUAUACUCACCUCGGAACCAAAACUCAACAUCCUCUUAAACAUGGAUGGUAAUGACAAUUAUUGUGUACGUGAUUCCAUGUAUAAAUUGGAGGAUGGAAAUUAUAUAUUUUUUCUGAACCAUUUCUGUGAUCUUUA